AAAGUGGCCGUCCGGGUGAGGCCCUUCAACGCCCGAGAGCUCAGCCACGCGGCCACCUGCGUCAUCCAGAUGCAAGGACCCACCACCUGCAUCGCCAACCCCAAGCAGGCCAAGGAUGCCCCCAAGAGCUUCACCUUCGAUUACUCCUACUGGUCCCACACCUCGGAGGACGACCCCCACUUUGCUUCCCAGCGCCAGGUCUACAAGGACAUCGGGGAGGAGAUGUUGCUCCACGCCUUUGAGGGCUACAACGUCUGCAUCUUCGCCUACGGGCAGACGGGGGCCGGCAAGUCGUACACCAUGAUGGGCAAGCAGGAGAUGGACCAGCGGGGCAUCAUCCCUCAGCUCUGUGAAGAUCUCUUUCUCCGAGUGGCCGAGGAAGCGUCGACCUCCCUCUCCUGUUCUGUGGAGGUGAGCUACAUGGAGAUCUAUUGUGAGCGCGUGAGGGAUCUCCUCAGCCCCAAAAGCCGCGGGAACCUGCGUGUGCGGGAGCACCCCAUCAUGGGGCCCUACGUGGAGGGCCUCUCCAAGCUGGCCGUCACGUCCUUCGAAGACAUCGCCGACCUCAUGGACUGCGGCAAUAAAGCCAGGACUGUGGCUGCGACCAACAUGAACGAAACCAGCAGCCGCUCCCACGCCGUCUUCACCAUCGUCUUCACCCAGCGCCGGCACGACGAACUCACCGACUUGGACGCCGAGAAGGUGAGCAAGAUCAGCUUGGUGGACCUGGCGGGCAGCGAGCGAGCGGACUCGUCGGGUGCGAAGGGCACAAGGCUCAAGGAAGGAGCCAACAUCAACAAGUCCUUGACCACCUUGGGCAAGGUCAUCUCCGCCUUGGCCGAGAUGCAAAGCAACCACAAGAGGAAGAAGUCGGAAUUCAUCCCCUAUCGGGAUUCGGUCCUCACCUGGCUGUUGAAGGAGAACUUGGGGGGAAACUCCCGCACGGCCAUGAUCGCCGCCCUCAGCCCAGCCGACAUCAACUAUGAGGAGACGCUCAGCACCCUCCGUUACGCCGACCGCGCCAAGCAGAUCCGCUGCAACGCCAUCAUCAACGAGGACCCCAACGCCCGGCUCAUCCGGGAGCUGAAGGAGGAGGUGGCCAGGCUGCGGGACUUGCUCUCCGUCCAGGGGCUCUCGGGCGCCUGCUUCUCGGGAUCCGAGCCAGCCGAUCCCGGCGGUGGGCAGAGAAUGGCCGGCACGCCCUUUGCCUCGAUGGCCCCCUCCUCCCUCCUGCUGGAGCCCGUGGCCCUCAACGGGGAGAUGGAGCUCCACCUGCCGGCCUCAGAGGAGCAGCUUCUGUGCACUGAGGAGGCCAUGGAGAGGCUGCAGGAGACCGAGAGGAUCAUUGCGGAGCUGAAUGAAACCUGGGAGGAAAAACUGCGGAAAACGGAGGCCAUGCGGAUGGAGAGAGAAGCUCUCCUGGCAGAAAUGGGCGUGGCUCUCCGAGAGGACGGGGGCACCGUUGGGGUCUUUUCCCCCAAGAAGACUCCCCACUUGGUAAACCUAAACGAAGACCCCCUGAUGUCGGAGUGCCUCCUCUACCACCUGAAAAACGGCGUCACCAGAGUCGGCGGGCAGAAUGCGGACAUCCGGCUGAGCGGGCAGUUCAUCGAGGAGCAGCACUGCGUCUUCCGCUGCGUCGCCUGCGAAGCGGGAGAAGUCGUCGUCACCCUGGAGCCGUGCCCGGGGGCUGAGACGUACAUCAACGGGAAGCAGGUGAUGGAACCUCAGGUGCUGCGAUCAGGUAGGGUUGGGGGGAGGGGCGUCCUGCCCAGGGAAA